UGACUGAAUGUAAGGAAGGACACAGAGACACAGAGAGACACAGAGACUGAUAGAGGAGUAAAAUGGCAGCUUGGAGUUGACUUUUUUCCCCCGGCGGAUGAAACCUGAAACGACAGGAGGAAACUUUUUCUGGCCGAGGAUUCAGCCGUGUAGAAGAUGGCGCACGACGACCGCAUGGCCAUCCUGGAAGACGAUGAGGAGGAACUAAAAAGAAAUGAAGCUAUUUCAGAUGACUUUAACCGCCUCCACCUGAAGGUCCACCAGACUGACCCUACCUCUCUACCUCCACCUGAGCCUGGUGACCCUGAACUGGAAAAAACACCCGUUCCCUUUUCUGAAAACCAGUUGGGCUGCUGCGAGCGCAUGUUCCUACGGAUCAACCGCUACCUUCUGGUCUCCAAAGUGUUCUACUUCUUCUUCUAUGCUGCCUACGGAUCACUCCACCCUUUACUAGCUGUGUUUUAUAAGCAGCUGGGGAUGAACCCGUUCCAGUCCGGCUUGGUGGUGGGGAUCCGCUAUUUUAUUGAGUUCUGCAGCGCCCCCUUUUGGGGCGUCGUGGCCGAUCGGUACAGGAAGGGCAAAGUUGUUUUGCUGUUCUCAGUUUUCUGCUGGUUGGUGUUUAAUUGUGGGAUCGGGUUCGUGAAACCAGCUUCAAUGAGCUGUAGGUUGGAGAACGAGAUCACAACUACAACUGUGGCUACAACUACGUCUACACCAAACUGGACGGAGGUAGUUUUUAAAACCACGAGCUUUAGCAUAAACAUAGCUUCCACUAAUGGAACUGUAGCGCCAUCUGUAUCUUCACCCAACGGGACUGAAGCAGCCAUUUCAUUUAAUUUAUCACCAAAUGACACUAGGCAGCGCAGAGACCUUAUAGGCCAUCGCUCCAGGUUGUCCCUGCGAUCAUCCAAUCGGGAGUCGGCCUUGAUUUCUCAGCGCAGAUUUCGGCGAGACACUAACGUCAGCAUGGCUCCAGAUGUCCAGACCACUACAGCAGGACCUGAGCAAACUUCUAUCACACACAAUUUGUCCACAGCUUUCAGUAAUACGAGCCUCCAAACAACUUCAAGCCCGAGUACCACCACGCCACCCCCCAAAUACACCAUCCACUACAACCCUGACCAGGUGGAGGCUAUCUUUCUCCUCAUCCUGCUAGUCGUCAUCAUCGGAGAGUUCUUCAGCGCGCCUGCAGUGACCAUCGUAGACACAAUGACCCUGCAGUACCUGGGCACACACCGUGACCGCUACGGGCUGCAGAGGAUGUGGGGUUCUCUAGGCUGGGGUUUGGCCAUGCUCUCCGUGGGAAUCUGGAUUGACCACACGCACGUCCUGUACCCCAUCGACGAAGGCGACGACUGCCCUCUGACCAACUACAAGAACUACCAGAUCGCCUUCAUCGUCUUCGCCGUGCUCAUGGCGGCGGCGCUGAUCGUCGCCACGCAAUUUCAGUUCGAAGUGCGGAGUUCUGCGGGGAAGGACGCGACCGAGGCCGAGGCCGAGCAGGAUUCUUCCGGCAUGACUGACGGAGCAGUGCUUACUGGCAACCAGGAGUUUCGCUACAUGGAGCUGCUUCAGCUGCUGUCCAGCGUGCGCUACAGCACAGUGCUGUUCGUCGCUUGGUUCAUGGGCUUCGGCUACGGCUUCGUCUUCACCUUCCUCUUCUGGCACCUGCAGGACCUGAACGGCACGCCGACGCUGUUUGGGGUCUGCUCCAUCCUCAGCCACCUGUCCGAGCUCGCUGCCUACUUCACCAGCCACAAGCUCAUCGAGCUGGUGGGACAUAUAAGGGUGCUGUAUAUUGGCCUGGCGUGUAACACGGCUCGUUAUCUGUACAUCUCAUACCUGAAUAACGCCUGGACCGUGCUGCCUAUGGAGGUGCUGCAGGGCGUGACUCACGCCUCAGUGUGGGCAGCGUGUAUUUCGUACCUGAGCGCUGUGCCCCCCGCUCUCCGUACCUCAGCUCAGGGAAUCCUACAGGGUCUCCACCUGGGCCUGGGCAGGGGCUGUGGCGCCAUGCGGGGCAUCCUGGCCAACUCCUACGGCCCCAAAGAGACAUUCAGGGGGAUUGGAAUGGCCUCCCUCGUCAUCCUGCUACUCUUCGCCUUGAUCCAGAGUGUCACUGAGAAGGACAAGGAUGAGGAGGACAAGAUGCUGGCCGAGAACAUCCCCGUCCCCUCCAGCCCGGUCCCCAUAGCAACCAUAGACCUAAUGCCCAACUCGGAGGUCGUGACCCCGAGCGACCACCAGGAGCCUAAACGCCCUCCCCGGAAAACACACCACCAGGAAGAGCAGGAGGACGGAGCCAAACCCGCCUGGUCCCUCAGCGUGUCCCCAUGGGUCACCAUCGCCUUCGCCAUCAUCCAGAUCAGAGAGCUGAUCAUCAUGAGGAACACGCACACACACACCGAAGUCCAGCCUCUACAGGAGCCAGAUAAUCGUCCUCCAAACUCUCAGGAUGGGAAUUCCCUCCCGGGGUCUCGUGGGAGCACAGCGGAGGUCGGAGGUUCUCCCAGAGGAACACACACUCCGCCGGACGGGGCGUUGUCUCAGGAGACCUCCAGAUGAACAAACUUUUUCUCUCUCAAACACACACACACACACACACUUUAACUCCACGCUGAUCCAUGAAGGACUCUUUUACUUUAGCAGUGAUUUUUGAGGUAUGUAGUGUUACGCUGCUCUGACAAUGUUCAACCUGCAUCUUCAGUCCAGACCCUGAUGGACCCUGAUGCAGUGCUGGUAGUCGUUAUUGGUGUUUUUGUGUGGAUGUAAGUUAUUUUCCGUGUUUGUGAAAUCUAAUAUGAUUUAAGGAAGGGUUGUUUUGAAUAUCUGAUUAUAUCCUAAAUCAGUGUUUUAAUAAUUUAUUGAUGUUCAGCGUUUUUAAUUGCUUUCUCGCCCCAGCAGUCGAUGAUGAAGAAUUAAACAUGAAGGAAUUCAGCCCUGUUACUGACAUGAUGCAUGAACGAGGCCAAGUUGAAAGAAGGAAUUAAUGGUUUGAUGAUCUACGCUAGUCUUUUCUCUAACUGGCUCAGGACUAGUUUACAGCUUUAAACGCGUAGUUAGGAACAGAUCAUUUAUCUGGAACACACUACACCUCAUCACAUGCUUCUGUUUCUGUAUUAUUGUGUUUCAUGUAACAUCUGUACCAAAUCACGUCUGAUUAUAACCCGUACUAAACAAAUAAAACACAGGGUUUUUUAUUGUG